CCUGAGGUUUGGAGAUUACCGUUUAAUCUGUGGAACUGGGAACGAGAGUGUGAUUGGAAGUUACUGCUAGCCAUAUGGUUAGCUCGAGUGGGAGGGUAGCUUGCUCAGUCGCUGUUGUCACACGACAGGACAUAUGUUCAUUAAGGCAAAUCGGCGGCGUUUGGGACGUUAUUAUUAUUAUUUUGAACUCGAGUGUGUAGCGAGUUGACGUUCUGACUCUGAAAAGUGGAAAAUCGGAUUAACGUUCAAGAUUGCGCACCAAACCCUAAUAAUCUUUUGUCGCUGGCUCCAGUUGCUACGAGCCGAAGAUAUCUGAUAGAGAGAAGCUGAUAGCUAGAUAGGUCAAUGUAAGCUGGAAAAGACCGAUACCGGGCUCGAUUGUAGUAGUUCAUCAGCGAGGAUCGGUGAUUGCUUCACAUUUCUGUUAGCGAGGGAAGGCGAUCGAGUUGGUGUCUGUUGGCGAUGGCCAGGUUUUCGUGUUAUUAUGAUGCCCUGUGACCCGAGUUCCCAACUGGUAUUCAGUUUGGACUAAAUUAGCUGUAUCGGAGAUUUAUACCUCUCUGGUGAUCUGAAUUUGAACAGAUUUCAGACCCAUCGGAGUAGCUGGCUACUUUGCGACCUCCUCUUUCCCUGACUGGCACAAGCAAACACGGAGAAUAUUUUGUACACAUUUACUGGCUAAUAAAUCCUGACUGAACUGUGCGAGGAUGUCGGCUAAAGAACCGAAAGAAAAACUGUCGACCACUGAACGAAUCAUUAAAACAGUGCCACUGCCACCUCACCAGCGGCUGACAUUGAAGGACCUAUUUGUUGAUGGCAAGCCCAAUGCUGAGCUGCUGAAAAACCAUUUGAUCAAAGAGGGACGCUUGGAGGAGGAAGUAGCUUUACUCAUCAUAAAAGAAGGUGCCAACAUCCUCAGACAGGAGAAGUGCAUGCUCGAGGUGGAAGCACCAAUCACUGUAUGUGGUGAUGUCCAUGGACAGUUCUUUGACCUCAUGAAGCUCUUUGAAGUUGGUGGCUCCCCUGACAACACACGCUAUCUGUUCCUGGGUGAUUAUGUAGACAGAGGAUACUUCAGUAUUGAGUGUGUGCUGUUCCUGUGGACACUGAAGAUCAACCACCCAAACACUCUCUUCCUCCUCAGAGGCAAUCAUGAGUGUCGGCACCUCACAGAAUACUUCACCUUUAAACAGGAAUGUAAAAUAAAGUAUUCAGAAAGAGUUUAUGAUGCAUGUAUGGAGGCCUUUGACUGCUUGCCACUUGCAGCUCUUCUGAACCAGCAGUUCCUCUGCGUACACGGUGGCCUCUCACCAGAAAUCAACUGUUUAGAUGACAUUAGGAAAUUAGACAGGUUUAAGGAGCCCCCGGCAUUUGGGCCAAUGUGUGAUUUGAUCUGGGCUGAUCCAGGGGAAGACUACGGCAGUGAGAAGACAGCAGAGCACUUUAACCACAACUCAGUCAGAGGCUGCUCUUAUUUCUUCAGCUACGCAGCAGUCUGUGACUUUUUGACAAACAAUAACUUGUUGUCAGUAAUUAGAGCACAUGAAGCACAAGAUGCGGGGUACAGGAUGUAUAGGAAAAGUCAGACAACAGGCUUCCCUUCAUUAAUAACCAUUUUCUCAGCACCAAAUUACCUAGAUGUCUAUAACAACAAAGCUGCUGUAUUGAAAUAUGAAAACAAUGUCAUGAACAUUAGACAGUUCAACUGCUCUCCUCACCCGUACUGGUUACCCAACUUUAUGGAUGUGUUUACGUGGUCACUACCCUUUGUGGGUGAGAAAGUGACGGAGAUGUUGGUGAACGUGCUAAACAUCUGCUCUGAUGAUGAACUCAUGUCAGAGGGUGAUGACUUAUGUGAAGGUGGAACUCCAGCUGUCCGUAAGGAGGUGAUCAGAAAUAAGAUCCGUGCCAUUGGCAAAAUGGCCAGAGUCUUCUCUGUCCUCAGGGAAGAGAGCGAGAGUGUACUGACACUCAAAGGGCUCACCCCAACUGGAACACUACCUCUAGGAGUGUUGUCUGGAGGCAAGCAGACCUUACAGAGUGCCGCCAUAGAAGCAAAGGAGGGUCAAGCCAUCCAAGGCUUCUCUCCUACACGGAAGAUUCGCAACUUUGAAGAAGCUCGUGGUCUGGACCGAAUAAACGAAAGGAUGCCUCCUCGCAAGGAUGGCAAGCAACCAGACGGUACCACAGUUAAAGCUGCCAAUGAAAAAAACGGCACUGACGGGAAUGCGUAAGGGGAGAUUUUGCACUUUUCCUCUCCUCCAUAGCAUGUUCUCUUUCUCUAACCACGUUCUCAAUGAGACAGUCCCCUCAACCGCUGAAUCCUGCAGAGGAGGGCCUGGGAUGUGGAGAGGAACCGUUCCACAAAGAGAAAGAGAGAGAGAAUUCACUUACAACUAAGUACAACCAUCAUAUUUAUUAAAUGAAAUUUAUUAGAUGUUCUUAAUAGCAACAUUUUAAAGACGACUGAACAUUUGAAAAUGUGCAAAAAACCAAGGUAAACAAUCACGAGUCAACUUUUAAACUAAAACUACAGUUUUGUAACUUGAGGUAAGAUAUGUGUGUUUCAGAUGCAGAUCAAAUCUUGUUAAUCACAGUUUUCUAAUAUUGUAUGUCAUAAUGUAUUUGGAAAGGGGAUUGUCUGACUGAAUAUAUUAAUGUGUGGUAUCUGCAUAUGUCCAUAAGGGAUUUAUUAAGAGAAAACAAACCUAAGAGAAAUAAGUUGUUUUUGAAAAAGAUUUUAUAUCUAUGAAAGUAAAACUAAACUCUUUAAUAUUAUUCCAUAUCUCUCCAAUGUCGAGUAAAAUUAAGACUAAAUGAAAAUAUUAGCUGCUUUGGGUUCCAUGUGUUUGUUUCAACGUUAAUAACUAGCAUUUAUUUUUGUUGUCUGAAAUACAGCACGUGAGUUUUGCCAGGUAACACAGCACGCGUAAGUAGCCAUAACAGCAAUCCUAAAUAUGUUUUUUAUUCCGCUUGUGUGAGUAAAAAAAAAAAAAAAAAAAAAAAAAACAAGUCUUAUGAAAACACUGUCAUUAACGCAUAUAAUUUAAAAUAUUCCUGAAAAUUGGUAUCUUUAGCUAUCAUUUGGAAGAGACUUCAAGACAAGCAUUUACUCCCUUUUCCUCCAUUCUUUCUUCUCUUAUUACCUUUUUGCUAUUUGUUAAAAAGAUGACAGAGGAGAUUUAAAAUGUCAUGCAACAAACCAGUCUUAUUUUGUCAACAAUGGGAUCUAUUGCAUGUCUAUAAGCUCAUGAUCUUUGAUCUAGUCAUUUUAAAGCCAAAGUCUUAUAGUACCAUGUUAAUUGGUUUAUUGUUUUGAUGAGUUAGCUGCCAUUGCGCUAAUGUAGAGCAAAUUCAGGGAAAUGAUGAGCAGGUAAUGGGUCAAACGAAAAUAUAUCGCACUAAAUGCAGCAAAGGCGUUGUGGAUGGAAAACACACCUAUAUAUGAGUCAUAUUUUCCCUUUAAUUAAUGUCCUCCAUACUAUCACCCUCUCUUUCGCUGGGACUGUAUAUACAGACUAUCGUUUUCAUCUGGUUUGUGUUCGAGACAUUAACAAAGCAUGUUAAACUUGAUAAAAAUUUCACAAACUGACUUUGUGGUUUGAGCUGUAACACUAUGCGAGGUAUUGUGCUACAUAUUUUUUUUUAAUUUUUUUUUUUACGUGGCUGAUUGUUUUAACAGAGGUUUAAGGAAAGUUAUGGUAUGUUUCCACCUAGUGUUUAGCUAAAGAACUGUCCCUUCAAAUACUUCUCACUGUCUCUCAAGAGACUACAGGGAAAUAGCAUUAAUAUGCCUCGCAUGCGGUGGUCUUUAUUCAUUUUUUACAAGCAGAAAUCUGUGAACUGCAUGUUUAUGUGGUUCAAAAGAUGGCUUGAUCAUGAUUGAGAUGAGUGUCUGAUGCUAUGCACAUGCAAAUCCCCCAAUUUUCUUUAUAUACUUACUGAAUCCCCCACAUGCCAUGGUGUUUUCUGCAAGGAUUUGAAAAUGUUAUAUGUAACAUUUAGACAACACUUAAUUUUAUAUGUUUAUGUGGUUUAUUUUAGACCAAUUAAGUUUUUCACUUUUUGUUUUUUAAUACUGGACCAUUUCUUUACCUGAGACAGAUUUGAAAGAGGUAGCUUUUGAAUUUAAAUUUGAAUUCAAAUAAAAUAUUAUGACCAAAUGUGGUGCCCAUUUUAGAUGGAUGUACUCACAGCUUUUAACCUAGAGAAAUAAAUGUGGAAUUCCUUUGCAGCCUACAAUAUUGUCUUUAACUGUUCAAAAUGGUUUGCAAGAUCAAAUCAGUGCAGCAUGUCUGUGAACACUAAAGGGAAAUUUGUGUGCACUAUAGAUGUAAGUCAGCCCAGUGUCACACUUGAUGAUGCUACAUUCAUUUGCAUGUAUUUCAACUGAUACCAUUGUAAGUAUCUUAUUGAACAGCUGAUUACCACAUACUAUUUCCUUUAAUAAUUUAACAGGGUGUGACUGAUUAACCCUGGUCUAGUUCAAUGCAUACUAGCUACUGCAACUAUUGGUCAAUGCUGUGCUUUAGAAAGCUCAGAUAAAGGACCAGUGGUAGUUAGAGUCUCUUAAGUUCUUUUGUAUUCAAGAGUUGUUUGUCUCUCAAAGCGUGAGUGUUAAAAAGCUGAAAUGUUCAGUAUUAGGCCUUGACAGGCUUAGUGACUGAAACGCAUCUGUCAGAAUGUAUAGAAAUGUUUAUGCGCAAUUAUAGCAUAAUUAUAAUUAAAAUAUGGAAAUUUGAGUAAUCUUUUGUCAAGUACUUGUAAUGCGAGGCCACCAUAAAUUCUUGAUAUUAUGUAGAUGUAUCACUUAAGAAGAGAAAUAAAAAUGGAAUGCUGAA